AUGGCAUCCACGCCGAGCGUGCAAUGCUUCGGCAAGAAGAAGACUGCGACCGCAGUCGCACAUUGCAAGAAAGGGAAGGGCCUCGUCAAAGUCAACGGCAAACCUCUGUCGCUGGUUCAACCAGAAAUCCUCCGAUUUAAGGUCUACGAGCCGCUCCUCAUAGUCGGUCUCGACAAAUUUGCAGAAGUCGAUAUCCGAGUCCGGGUCACUGGUGGUGGUCAUACAUCUCAGAUCUACGCGAUCAGACAGGCAAUUGCGAAGUCGGUUGUGGCCUACUACCAGAAAUUCGUCGAUGAGUAUGCGAAGAAUCAGUUGAAGCAGGCGCUCGUGCAAUAUGACAGAACAUUAUUGGUGGCAGACAACAGAAGAUGCGAGCCGAAGAAGUUUGGUGGACCGGGUGCAAGAGCAAGGUACCAAAAGUCAUACCGCUGA